AUGGAGUGGAGCGAAGAAGAUAUGUUGGGCUUGAUUGAAGUGUAUAGAACACAUCCUGUGCUUUGGGACCCAAGUAAUAGAGACUACUACAAAAAAGCUAAAAAAAUGGAUGCGUGGAGAGACAUAGCUGUUACAGUCGGGCAGUUAGAAGAUGAAUGCAGGAAAAAAAUGAUUAGUUUGCUGUCGUCGUACAGAAGGGAGAAGUCAAAAGAAAAAAACACAAUAGGGACUGGUAAAGGUACUUCCGAAGUGUAUACCAGCCGAUGGUUCGCCUACGAGUCGUUAAAAUUUCUGGAAGGCAGAGAUAAGCCACGGCCAACAAUGAACACGGAGCCGGUGAUCAUUGAAGGAAACCACGUCCAUCAAGAACUGAAUGUGCAAAAUGAAGACCAAGAAUUUCUUUCUCCAAGUGCACCUAAGCGAGCAAAAGGAAGGCAACAGGGUGAUGGAACUGCACUGCUAGCGGAUGCUGUUAGCAUUCUACAAGCUACUGCUGGAAAAUUCAACAUGUCUCCUGAACAGAGCGAGAUUAAAACAUUUUGCGCAUAUUUAUCUUCCAAAAUGGCGACAUUUUCUUCAGCUACAAGAUUGGGGGUUCAGCACGCUGUUUAUGACAUUUUGAUGAAAGCAGAUCGAGGUUUGUUUGAAAUACCUACAUACAACUAUGGUCAAGGUCAACUAUUUCAUUCCAAUGCACCUGAAAACUAUUCUACUCGCAUGUAUAUGCAACAGCCAGCUUCCCACUCAUCAACUUCAUCAGUUUAUCUUCCUGCUCAACAACAACAACAACAACAACAACAACAACAACCCUUUGAGCCAAAUCUGUCGCAGUCUUCUCCAGCUGGUCGGUCCCCGACACAAAUGACUCCACAUGCACAAGUUACUAUGCUACCUAGUGCCUCGGCUACAAGUAUACAAACAAAUUCAAGUCACACCAUUUCACCGCUGGCGUCAAUGCAAAGUCCUUUAUCGCAUUCAUCUCAGUGUUCUGAUGAUUUUAAUGACUGUGUGUAAAUUGCAUCACAAUUUUUGUGUUAAUUUAUUUAUUUGUUUAUGUGAACUACUCUGAUUUAAUUUGAAUUUAAUGAGUUCAUUUAUUUAAUUUUUCUUUCUUACAUCAUUUGAGUACUGUAUUUUUGAAAAUAUCGUUUUAUAAAUAAAAACUUAAGCAAUAAGAACGUUUAUUUGUUCUAACGUUCAACUUACCUUGAUAUUUUCUUUCAACACUUCAAUUAACGCUGAGCAGACUUCUGUUACUAUUCCUCCUAUAGCCUGCUUUGAAAUUCUGAACAGAUAUUGCAGACUUGAGUACGAGUCUCCUGUCGCUAGAAACCGCAAUGUCACGGCUAACCUGGAACAUUAAAAUUGAAAACCUGUGUACUUAAACAUAUUGAACAUUAACACUUUUAAUAAUGCUGACAGGGAAAUUGCUGUCAGGCAUUAGUACAAAUUGUAAACAAUUCAUAGGCUACUUACCGAUCUUGAAU